AUGCCUACCUUGGCGGUCAACAACUUCAACAUUGUCUGUGCGACAUUGGGAGGGUUCAUUACGCUUUUCGGCCUCGUCAGCUAUUUGAUGAAAGAGCAUUAUUAUCUUAGUGAAGCCUUAAUAUCACUCAUUGCUGGACUCAUCUUUUCUCCACAUGCGACCAAUUGGAUCAAACCAGAAGAAUACGCUCUCAACGAUGUCGAAGUGCUGGAUACCAUUACCCUGUACUUUACGCGCCUGGUGCUGGGUGUCCAACUUGUCCUCGCGGGUGUGCAGCUUCCGUCAAAGUAUCUGAAGACAGAAUGGAAGAGUCUAGCUUUGCUACUCGGCCCGGGCAUGACGUUCAUGUGGAUCGUCACCAGUCUGCUCGUCUUUGCUAUGGUCCCGCACAUCAGCUUCCUACAUGCCCUGGCCGUAGGCGCCUGCGUCACACCCACGGAUCCUGUGUUGUCCAACUCCAUCGUCAAGGGAAAGUUUGCGGAUGCAAAUAUUCCGAAGGAGUUGCAGAAGAUCAUCGUGGCUGAAUCGGGAGCCAAUGAUGGUCUUGGGUACCCGUUCCUAUUUCUACCGCUCUACCUUAUCGAGCACAUUGGCCAUGGUGGUCAAGGCUCGGACAACAGCACUAAGGUUGCAGUCGGCCUGUGGUUCGGUGAGACUUGGGGCUACACAAUCAUUCUCAGUGUGGUUUACGGAGCCGCUGUGGGUUGGAUUGCGAAGGAAUUACUGCAUUGGGCUGAAGAGCGGAAAUACGUGGACCGCGAGAGUUUCUUGGUGUUUGCAAUCACCCUGGCUCUCUUCAUUGUUGGCACAUGCGGCAUGAUUGGUAGCGACGACGUGCUUGCCUGUUUCAUCGCCGGCAACACGUUUACGUGGGAUGACUGGUUCCGCCUCGAAACGAUGGACGACUCAUUCCAGCCCACCAUUGAUAUGCUUCUGAACGUAUCAAUCUUCAUCUGGUUCGGCGCUGUCUGCCCGUGGCGCCUCUUCGCACAUUCGCCCGUCAUUCCCAUCUACCGGCUUAUUCCCUUGGGUAUACUCGUACUGCUGUUCCGCCGUCUGCCCAUCAUCUUCGCUAUGCACAAACAGAUUCAUCAGAUUGAGCAAAAGCGACAAGCACUCUUCGUGGGCUUCUUCGGUCCCAUCGGCGUGAGCGCCAUUUUUUACCUCUACAUCAGUCUCGAGUUUCUCGCCAAGAUCCAAGUCGAUGGCGAAGUCAGGGAAGAUGCUGCAUACCUGAUGGAAGUCAUGAACGUGGUUAUUUGGUUCUUGGUAAUCUGCUCGGUUGUCGUUCACGGUCUAUCCAUUCCUCUCGGCAAAGUUGGCUUCUUCAUCCCCCGCACCCUAAGCACAGCUUUGUCCUUUGCCCGCACAGGCUCUAACUCCCCCGAGGACACCGGUCCAGCUUUCCACAUCGAGGGAAACGACCAGACCAUCACCGAUGCCGAAGCGCGCGUUCGCCGCCGUCCAGGCUGGUCUCGCAACGGCGGCGAUUCGCUGCCAAACCGUGUCGUGCGCAUCGGCAGGUCCAUAAUUAGUUCGGGGACUAGCUCAGCCAGCACAUCGAGAGCGACAUCGAGAGCACCCAGUACGAGCCGCUCAGCUAGUCAGCCACCAGUACCAAUGGCCAGUGUCAACGCCUUAGUCUCGGACGGGGAGGGUGCGGCGCCCAAAGGAAAUGUGAAGGCUGGUGGUGAGAAUGCCGAGGCGCCGGAUCCGGCUGAGAGAGUCAUCCCUGGAAGAACAAUCCGCUUCCAUGACGAGCAAAACAAAACCAAGGUUGGAGAUGAAGAGUAG